AUGACGGUAGACGAGCUCAAUGCAGUCCAAAAACCCGAGUCCAACGGCGACACCAAGGCGACAGGUCGCAAAGCGCGUGGAAGCGCUGCGCAACCAAAGGCGGGCGCCUCUACGACCAAGGCGUCUGCUAAGGGACGGCCCACGGCGCGCGCAGCAAAUGGAGCUAGUGCGACAACUGCGAAGAAGAGUAAUGGAGCAGUAAAGAAAGCGACUACAAAAGCCGGGCGCAAGGCGCUGCCAGAGGAGGAUGAUGCGAACGGAAGCGAUAGCGAGGGAGCGGCUGACGUUGAGGAAGAGGAGCCAGCACCACAGGCCAAGCCGACUAAGAGAGGCAGACCAGCAAAGAAGGCGCAAGAAGAAGAGAAGCGCGAGGAGGAAUCAGUGCCAGCACCGGCAAAGAGAGGGCGCAAAGCCGCAGUCAAGGAGGGAGCAGAGAAGGAGACUAAAUCCAAGACAACCGCAAAGUCAAGAGGCACAAAGCGCGCGCUCGAAUCCGAACCUGAGCCAGAACAGAUGACCAUCCCAGAGACACAGCCAGAGCUAGACACAGAAACAAUGGAUAUUUCAGAGUCGAUAGAGAUAGAGGAGAUACCAGAGAGCAUGCCACCACCAGUCCGGCCUUCUGCGCGCCGAGCCCAUGCACAGCCGAAUAGUAGGGCGCGGCGGACGUCUGCUGGGGUGAGGAGGACAGGAAGCGUAUCAGACUCUGAGCGAGAUCCCAUCAUGCGCCGGAAACUAGGAGACCUCACGAAGAAGCUGGACGCCAUGACCGCCAAGUACGAAGCUCUUAAGGAAGCAGCGUCAUCAGGGAAAGAAUCCAACUUCGACCAACUAAAGAAGCGGACCGACCAAAUCGCCAAAGAUCAAGACGCCAUCAUAAAAUCUCUUAAGCAGCAAGUCUCCGACACACAAUCCCGCACCGCAGACCUUGCCUCCCUCAAGAAAGAACUCGCCGCAGCCUCCAAAGAAUCCGCGCGCCUCACCGCCGAAAACAAGAAACUCGCCGAGUCUCUCACAGCCGCACAAAACGAAAACAAGACGCUCUCGUCCAAACUCGCAGCAGCUCGGUCCUCAUCAACACUACAACCAGACGUCAAGACCGUGCCGGGUAGCGCCGUCAAACCCCGAACCACAGGCGUCGUUCUCCCAGGAACCGUCGAAGCCGCAAAAGAAGCAACCCUCGCACGCCAAAAAGUCGAUCUGUACAGCGAUUUGACUAACCUAGUUGUUUUGAGCGUCAAGAAAUCAGAUGAAGGGGAUGAUGUGUACGAUUGUCUUCAGACAGGUCGGGGUCGCACCCUCCACUUCCACCUCACCGUCGCCCCGGGCUCCUCCCCCGCUGAAGAGACAGAAUUCAUAUACCAACCUUUACUCGACGAACAGCGCGAUAAAGAACUCUUGGAUAUCCUACCGGAUUAUCUGACAGAGGAAAUUUGUUUCCCGAGUGCGCAGGCGGUCAAGUUUUAUUGCAAGGUGUUGGAUAGUAUGAAUAAGAAGGUUGUGCUUGAGGAGGAGGGGGAGAGUGAGGAUGGGGAGGAGUGA